AUCACAUUGUCACAAUCAUUUUAUGAGAAGAAUUCAAAAUAUUUUAUUCCAGCGGUGUCUGACAUAUACGGUGUCUGACACAUCAAAGGAAUAGUAAUUUAAGUUGGUCUCGUGUGUUAUUUAUUACUUAUCUUACACUGAAGCUACAAACAACCCAUUUGUUUUGUUUUUUUGUUACUGAUCAUUUCAGCAGACACAUGUGCAACUAACACAAACGUGCGCGUGCAUUAAACGGGAGGUGGCUCUUUGAUCUGAAAGCGGCUCCAUUUACUGGAGCUUUAAUCGGUUUGUACCGGAGACAGAUAAGUAGACAGGCACACAGACAGGUAGACAGACUCACAGGUACACAGACAGACAGAUUCCGUGACCGCAACGCGGCUUUGCUGCACGCGGACCGCCGCCUUGGUGACACGCGCAUCUGUCUGUUGGUAUUUUAACGUCACUGUUGCUCGUCGUGCUCCCGCUGUGUUUAUAGUUUCACUUGGGGUGGGAGGAUGAUUUGCGGACCUCAGUGAAGACCUCCGAGUUACAGCUGGAAGAGCAAGUCGACGUUCAAGACGUGACCGGACCAGAGGGAGUGGACGGUCUGAGGAGCCGUUUACCGGACAGAAGCUGGAGAAGCUCCGCAGGUUGGUGGCGAUGUCAUCAUGAUGCUGCCAGUCUCAAGGUUUAAAGGUCAGCCCGUUGGCUUGGUGACCACCACAAGACCCUGGUGGUCCAUCAGCACCGACCCUGUCCCCCACUGGUUGUGGUUGACCAGCUGGUCGGCAGAAACGUACCAGACCACACCCCCUCCAGUCUUCUACCCACCAGCUGUGUGGAUACCUGGACAUACACACCUGACACAGUGGGAACGUCCAGCUGUUGAAGUCGUUCCUCUUUUCUCUCCAUUCUACUGUUCUUCAAAUCUUUAUUCUCCUCAUCCUCUUCCAAAGCUAGCUGAUACCUGGAUCACACCAGAUGAAGUGGGUGGGUUCCAGGGGAUAGACAAACCCCUCCUCUUGACUAAUCAGAUGAUUCAGAGGCCCAGACGACACGCCCCCCAGAUUCGCAUGCUGCUGUCUCCUCAGUUCUCAGGUUGUUCUAGACGAGAUGCAACAAAGAUGCAAUACACCGAACCAGAAGACCUCUCCUCCUCUUCAUCCUCUUCCUCCUUAGCCUCCUCCUCCUCCUUGCUGCACCUCCUCUCUUUGUCUCAGUUCCAACUGAUUCAUCGUGCUCCUCCACCAACAGUAGGUGGAGAUUACAGUGAACAGGCAGGUCUUACAUCCCAGGGGGUGGGGCCACUCGUUUUGACCAGUCAACAAUGCAGAAGGGCAUGUUUACGACCAAUCAUCAGCCUGGACAUAAUACAGUCUACACCCACACAGCACGGUGUAUUUGGACCUAUCUCUCCUCAGCUCUACACUGACAGGUGGCCUGUCUUACCUGUUCAGGUGAUGAAGGAAAUUCAUCCAUCCAUCUUCUCUUCACAUUUUUCUUCCAGAUUCACUUUGCUGACUGACUACAGACACAACAAACAAGGGAUGAAUGGACGUAAACGUUCUUUGCUUCUGACAACAGAGAGAAUGACAGACAACAAACAGUGUGUUGGUGUGCCCACAGGAGUUGAAGACAAACAGAAAAACAAACAUCCAGUCGCCUCUACUCCUGUCCCAGGGUCGCCAUGGUGUGUGGUCUGGACCGGGGAUGAUCGGGUCUUCUUCUUCAAUCCCACAAUCCACUUGUCGGUCUGGGAGAGACCAGGAGACCUGAUUGGUCGAGACAUCAGUAGCAUCAUUGAGGACCCACCACACAAGAGGAAGAGGACGACACGCGCCAAAACAAGCUCCAGCUGUAAAUCAAUUGGUCACCAUGAUGAUGACAAAGAUGACGAUCAUGAACAUGACUCCAAAAGGAACAGAAUGGAAGAACCAAUGUCACUUGUCCCUUGUCCAGGAGAGGUUAAGCUCCUCCCACUCAACAUUCGUGUGGCUCAUUUUAGGGAAAUGAUGCUCGAGAGAGGGGUGUCUGCAUUCUCCACCUGGGAGAAAGAGCUCCAUAAGAUGGUAUUCGACCCUCGAUACCUGCUGCUGACCUCAGAUCAGAGGAAACAGGAGUUUGAUCAGUUUGUGAAGAGGAGGUUGAAGGAUGAGUACAAAGAAAAGAAGAGUAAACUCCAGAAAGCCAGAGAAGAGUUCAAACAGCUGUUGGAGGAAGCGAAGAUCACUAGCAGAUCAACCUUUAAGGAGUUCUGUGCUUGUUACCGUGGUGACCAGCGAUUCAAUGCCCUCAACAGGAAGAAGGAACAGGAAGUUCUCUUUCAGCAUUACAUCACUUCCUUAAAAAAACGUGACAAAGAGAACAGAGCAAGGCUGAGGAAAAUGAGAUGAGAAUGCUGUUCUAUAAACUGAGAACCUUUUAGAACCAUCUAGAACAUUUGUAGAACUCAUCCAGGACCUUCCAAAACCUUACAAGACCCUCUGUUCCAGCACAUGGAGUAGAUUCUGCACAGACAAAUCCUGUUAGACUCUGUUGAUUCUGCCCAGAACCACAGGGACCAGAUGGAACCAGAGAGACCACUAUCAGACCGGACACCAGAGAAUCUGUGUGGUUCUGACUUUUUUGUGGUUUUAUAGAUAUUAAAGGACAGGAGGACCAGCCGUCUGACACUGGUUUAUUGAUCUGGACUGUAGUGAAUUAAAAAUCUGGAUCUGCUUAACCAAAUCUGUACUAUGGAUAUACAGAUAUCACAGAGAACUGAGCCAAGUCAAACCAAACUGAACCGGACUUUAAAAAAAAAAAAUUGAGCACAAAAUAUGAUGUCUGUCUGUCUGUCUGUCUGUCUGUCAAUCAAACUUUAUUUGUAUGACAUCUUUCAUACAGGUCAGUGCUAAUGAUUAAGAAAAAUGCACAGGGAAAUAAAAAUGCUAAAUUCAAAAUAAAACCAUAAAUAUAUAUAAAUCAGCAACAAAUAAACCUAC